CAUAUCUCAAUGUCCUCACUUGAUGCAGUAUGCUCAUAAAACCUUCACCUAAAAUCAGAUAUUAUGGCAUGGUGCGUCCCUCAGGCUGUGACAGACAGAGAUACUGUAUUUAGCAGCCAGAGGAGCUGCUGACCCUUCCCCCAGGAGAAUAUCUAUCUCUCUAAAUACUGUCUUGGUGGUAGUCCAACUAAUGUAACUACUUUUUACUCUUCUUUUUAACAUUAAACUGAAAAAACAUAUAAUAUAGGAAUUAUUUACCUGAAAAGCUAAAUAUGAACCAAAUGAUAGCUGUUAGAAUAAAUCCAAAAUGAAAUAUAGUUGAGUAAACGUAACAAGUAAUAGUAGAAUACAGAGAUAGUCAUCAUGCAUCUUAAACUUGUAGAUGAGCACAUUUAGACUUGUCAUCAAACUAUUAGGAUUCGCUUACUUUCACAUUAGUCGAUUAUAUGUUACAGUAUUUCGCAAUGUAUUAAUAUUGACGUUUCAAUUCGCCUAUAUUCACUGGAUGACAUUUACAUAGUGUUCUUCGACUUUUCUAAAACAUUCUUAAAGUUACAUUAACUAAAACCCACAACAAUUCGUGAUCUUGCUGAACAACUGUUUAAAUACCAGUUUGACUACAUUUCCCGUCGGUAUUGCGUUUAAGGAAAGGAUGAGCAACCAGCAACCCACAUUCAGCCAAUCACAGCGCUGGAUCUGCCUUUCUCGCUCAGUGAUUGGCUAAUUUUGCACUAGGUUUCCCACAAUGCUUUGCUGCACCGCCUCGGAAUUCAAAUCGAGCGGACCAAUCAGAGAGCGCAGUAACGACCGAGGCAGCAUUUUAAACUUGUUCUGAGGACUGUUGUCAAAAGGCAGAACAGGGGUAACGCUGCAACCACGGAGGGAGGACUCCUGCGAAUAGUUUCAUGUCUUCCUCAGGUUUUUAUUUACCUUUAUAUUUGCUUUCCGAUAUUGUUAAUAUUAGAACACAGUGUUGACUGUCGCUCAGGUUAGUUUUGAUUUGAAUUACUCAGUGUAAGAGAGCAAGCUAGCUUCGAGGGCUACACUACUGUCGGUUAACAAGACUUUGAGUCCCACAGUCAGGAGGAGAGUAGUACCAGGACCUUAUUUUAAGGACCCAGAACUCUACUUUAAUCCAAAAUGAGUGCAGGUGUUGCGAAGCCGGCGAAUCCGUCGGCACAUGUCGACCCGAAAUCCGCUCCUCUGAAAGAGAUCCCCGACGUGCUGGUGGACCCUCGCACCAUGAGGAGAUACGCGAGGGGGAGAUUCCUCGGAAAAGGUGGUUUCGCCAAAUGCUACGAAAUCACAGAUUUAGAAACGAAACAGGUGUUCGCUGGAAAAAUCGUGCCAAAGUCCCUGAUCCUGAAGCAGCACCAGAGGGAGAAAAUGACCUCUGAAAUCGCCAUUCACAAGAGUCUCGACCACGACAACGUCGUUGGGUUCCAUGGGUUUUUUGAAAAUGACGACUUUGUCUUCGUGGUGCUGGAAAUCUGCAGGAGAAGGUCCUUGUUGGAGCUGCACAAGCGCCGAAAAGCUGUGACUGAGCCUGAAGCUCGCUACUACAUGUCACAGCUGCUCAAAGGUGUCCACUACCUGCACACGAACAGAGUCAUCCACAGAGACCUGAAGCUGGGGAACAUCUUCCUUAAUGAUGACAUGGAGGUCAAGAUAGGCGACUUCGGUUUGGCCACUAAGAUCGAGUUUGAUGGCGAGAGGAAGAAGACCCUGUGUGGAACGCCCAACUACAUCGCACCUGAAGUGCUUUGUAAGAAAGGCCACAGCUACGAAGUGGACGUCUGGUCACUUGGAUGUAUUCUGUACACUUUGUUGGUGGGUAAGCCCCCAUUCGAGACCACCUGCCUGAAGGAGACCUACAGUCGCAUCAAGAAAAACAACUACACCAUCCCCUGGCACAUCAACCCGGCCGCGUCCUCUCUCAUCAAGCGGAUGCUGCAUGCCGACCCGGCCCAAAGGCCGACAAUCACCGAGCUGCAAGGAGACGAGUUCUUCACAUCCGGUUACAUCCCCUUACGCCUGCCCACCACCUGCCUCACUGUGCCCCCACGCUUCUCCAUCGCCCCCUCCACAGCCAUGGAGCUCAACCAGAGACGACCACUGACCGCCAUCAACAACAAAGCAGGGACAGAGAAGACUGAUGGGAAAGACGAGCCAGUUCAAAGAGAGGUCGAGCCAUCAGAAAACAACCUGAAAGAUUUGCUGCAGCAGCUCAACACAAUCAUCGCUGCCAAGCCCUCGGAGAAGGCUGUCAUCUGUCAAGAGGAGGCAGAGGAUCCUGCAUGUAUCCCCAUCUUCUGGAUCAGCAAAUGGGUGGACUACUCUGACAAAUAUGGACUAGGGUACCAGCUCUGUGACAACAGUGUGGGCGUUCUGUUUAACGACUACACACGUCUGAUCAUGUACACUGACGGAGACAGUCUGCAGUACAUCGACAAAACAACAGCUGAAUCCUACCUCAGCGUGCGCUCGUAUCCGGCUACACUCAACAAGAAGAUAACUUUGCUGAAAUACUUCCGUAACUACAUGAGCGAGCAUCUGCUGAAGGCCGGAGCCAACAUCGCGCGGCGGGAAGGAGACGAGCUGGCGAGGUUGCCAUACCUCUCCCUCUGGUUCAGAACAAAGAGCGCCAUCGUCCUGCACCUCACCAACGGCACAGUUCAGAUCAACUUCUUCCAGGACCACACUAAGCUGAUCCUCUGCCCUCUGAUGGGCGCGGUCACCUACAUCGACGAGAAGCGAGAAUUCCGCACCUACAAGCUGUCUCUGCUGGAGGAGUUCGGCUGCAGCAAGGAGCUCGCCAGUCGCAUCCGCUACGCCAAACUCAUGGUGGAGAAACUGCUGGACAGCAAGCCAACGCCUGCAGCCGCACAGUAGACCCACAUCUUAAACCACUCCUUUUAUUACUCGUCACUUCUUUUCUCUGUCGUCUUCGAAGGAGGAAAAAGAACCUGAACUUCUCCCGUAUUUUAUUGAAGGGUCGGGGUGUAAUGAUUUUUUUAUUCGGCUGUGAAUAAAAUGAAUAAAAUUCAUGGAAAUUAAUCUAUAUGAUGUACAUGUUGAAUUUCUGCCUCUCAGCUGCAGAUUUUAUCAUUUUCCCUGCAGUCAAUGAAAACCUUUCCUAACUUUCUUGAUGAAGCUUAACUCGAGCAACAUGUUCACAUAGCGGUCUACUCUUAAACCAAAAGGCAGACAAGUAGGAAAAUUCUAAAUGUUACACGUUCCUCAUGUUUCCAAUCAUAAAGUUCCUCCUUGAUUCCUCUCUGCUUGUUUGCAUUCAGCUGUGUGUGAAGCUGAGAGGACUUGGAUCAGAGCUCAGACCGGCUGUGUGGACAAAGAAAAAGCUUCUCUGGUCACUUCUCUAGUUUGUCUGUUUUAUCUGUGUUGUAUGUAGAGAUGGACCGUGUUAAUACUUCUUCAUCAUGUACAUUUGUUUUUCUUCUGUCGCUACUUUUUACACUUUUAAGUCUAUUUUAGAUGUCUUGUCUUUUUCAACAUGUAUAGACCUGUACAUACUGCUGAAUAUGCAUUCAUGUUGUAAAGAUGGUUUAAUUUUACCCAAGUUUGAAUAAAGAUUCUCUUGAACAACUCA